AUGUUACCAGCAUAUUGGAACAAUGAGAACUUGAAGUUUAUUGAAUUCAAGGGAAGAUAUGCUGAUGGAGAGGAGAAUGUCAGGUUCGUUAAGCGUUUGGUGAAUCGAAUUGCUGGGGAAUCAUCUAAGCCAGUUGCUGUCGCUAUCGUUAGCCAUUCCAGUUUCCUACAAUAUUGGGAUGCUGAUGAGGGUUGGGAGACGACGCUCAUUAGCCCUAAGCGGUACAUGUUUGACGAAAACGGGACACCUCAUGUUCCGAGAGGACGAGUCAUUAAAAGCCUUGCUCGUGGAAAAGCUGCGUACUGA